GACACCCUCGCCCCGGCCAGGCCGGUGUUGAGAUCAAGGCAUCCAGGAUCAAAGAACCACCUCCUGCGCCCUCCGCACCUCCGACCGGCGAGCAGGACCCCCUUCCACCCACCGACCCGGACCUGGUCAUGGCGUCCAGCUCCGGCCUGGCGUGAGGAUCCCGACCCGCGAGAGUCCCUGCUCCAGUACCGAGUACCUGCUGGGCCCUGGGCACGCAGGGGCCGUAGCCCCACUGUGUGUGGGAGCCAUGAGGAUCCUGGCUAACAAGACAAGGUUGCCCCACCCCAGGAGGAGAGAAGCUCCAGGGAGCCCACCACUGUCCCCCCGUGGCCACUGCCCCCCUGCCCCAUCCAAACCAAUGCACCCAGAAAAUAAGCUGACCAAUCAUGGCAAGACAGGGAAUGGUGGGGCCCAAUCCCAGCACCAGAAUGUGAACCAAGGACCCACCUGCAACCUGGGCUCGAAGGGUGUGGGGGCGGGGAACCAUGGGGCCAAGGCCAACCAGAUUUCACCCAGCAACUCCAGUCUGAAGAACGCCCAGGCCCAGGCCGGGGCGCCCCCUUUCAGCUCGCUCAAGGGCAAAGUGAAGAGGGAGCGGAGUGUGUCUGUGGACUCUGGAGAGCAGCGUGAGGCUGGGACGCCCUCCCUGGACUCAGAGGCCAAAGAGGUGGCGCCCCGGAGCAAGCGGCGCUGUGUGCUGGAGCGGAAGCAGCCGUACAGCGGAGACGAAUGGUGCUCAGGACCAGACAGCGAGGAGGACGACAAGCCCAUCGGGGCCGCCCACAAUUGUAAUGUAGGAGACCCUGCCAUGGCGGCCCCACAGCUGGGUCCCGGCCAGGCCCCCCAGCUUCCCCUCAGUGAGGGCAGUGCCCCAGGCCCCCCGCAUGGGCCCCCAGCAGCCCUGCGGCCAGAUGCCUCCGGGGGCAGUGGUGUCCCCGGAAAGCCUCCCUCACAAUUCGUGUAUGUCUUCACCACCCACCUGGCCAACACGGCUGCGGAGGCUGUGCUGCAGGGCCGGGCUGACUCCAUCCUGGCCUACCACCAGCAGAACGUGCCCCGGGCCAAGCUCGACCAGGCCCCCAAAGCGCUCUCCACCCCAGAGCCGCUCCCCCUGAGCACACCGUCUGCAGGCACCCCACAGUCCCAGCCACCUCCACUGCCACCACCGCCCCCAGCCCCUGGCAGUGCCCCCCCUGCUCUGCCUUCUGAGGGGCCUCCUGAGGACACCAAUCAGGACCUGACACCCAACUCAGUGGGAGCUGCCAGCACGGGUGGUGGGACUGGGGGUACCCACCCGAACACCCCUACAGCUGCUACCAACAACAACCCGCUGCCUCCAGGAGGAGACCCCAGCGGCGCCCCUGGCCCUGCCCUCCUUGGGGAGGCCGCCCCCCCAGGAAGCGGGCAGCGCAGCCUGGUGGGCUCGGAGGGGCUGUCCAAGGAGCAGCUGGAGCACCGGGAGCGCUCCCUGCAGACUCUGCGGGAUAUUGAACGGCUGCUGCUCCGCAGUGGGGAGACCGAGCCUUUCCUCAAGGGGCCCCCGGGAGGCGCAGGUGAGGUCGGACCACCAGCACCAGCCCCUCCCGCGCCCCCGCAGCCCCCCACUGCCCCUCCUGGCGGGCUGAAGAAGUACGAGGAGCCCUUGCAGUCCAUGAUUUCGCAGACACAGAGCCUAGGGGGCCCCCCACUGGAGCAUGAGGUGCCUGGGCACCCCCCAGGCGGGGACAUGGGACAGCAGAUGAACAUGAUGAUGCAGAGGCUGGGCCAAGACAGCCUGACGCCCGAGCAGGUGGCCUGGCGCAAGCUGCAGGAAGAGUACUAUGAGGAGAAGCGGCGGAAGGAGGAGCAGAUUGGUCUCCACGGGGGCCGCCCGCUGCAGGACAUGAUGGGCAUGGGCGCGGUGAUGGUGAGGGGGCCGCCGCCUCCCUACCACAGCAAGCCUGGGGACCAGUGGCCACCCGGGAUGGGCGCCCAGCUGCGGGGGCCCAUGGAUGUCCAAGAUCCCAUGCAGCUCCGGGGCGGACCUCCCUUUCCUGGCCCCCGUUUCCCAGGCAACCAGAUGCAGCGGGUGCCUGGGUUUGGGGGCAUGCAGGGCAUGCCCAUGGAGGUGCCUAUGAAUGCCAUGCAGAGGCCUGUGAGGCCGGGCAUGGGCUGGACCGAAGACUUACCCCCCAUGGGGGGGCCCAGCAGUUUUGCUCAGAACCCCGUGCCCUACCCAGGCGGGCAGAGUGAAGCGGAGCGGUUCAUGGCCCCCCGGGCUCGUGAGGAGCUGCUGCGGCACCAGCUGCUGGAGAAGCGGCCCCUGGGCAUGCAGCGCCCCAUGGGCAUGGCCGGCGGCGGCGGCAUGGGGCAGGGCGUGGAGAUGGAGCGGAUGAUGCAGGCGCACCGGCAGAUGGACCCAGCCAUGUUCCCCGGGCAGAUGGCGGGCGGUGAGAGCCUGGCGGGCACUCCCAUGGGCAUGGACUUUGGCGGAGGCCGGGGCCUUCUAAGCCCCCCCAUGGGGCAGUCCGGGCUGAGGGAGGUGGACCCCCCCUUGGGGCCAGGCAACCUCAACAUGAACAUGAACGUCAACAUGAACAUGAACAUGAACCUGAAUGUGCAGAUGACCCCGCAGCAGCAGAUGCUGAUGGCGCAGAAGAUGCGGGGCCCUGGGGACAUGCUGGGUCCGCAGGGCCUCAGCCCUGAGGACAUGGCCCGGGUGCGGGCUCAGAGCAGCAGCGGCCUAGUGGGCGGCCCGCAGAAGAUGCUGAUGCCCUCGCAGUUCCCCAGCCAGGGCCAGCAGGGCUUCUCCGGAGGCCAGGGGCCCUACCAGGCCCUGCCACAGGACAUGGGCAACACCCAGGACAUGUUCAGCCCCGACCAGAACUCCAUGCCCAUGAGCAAUGUGGGGACCACUCGGCUCAGCCACAUGCCUCUGCCCCCUGCAUCCAACCCUCCUCCGGGGUCUGUGCACGCAGCCCCAAGCCGGGGGCUGGGCCGACGCCCCUCAGACCUCACCAUCAGUAUUAAUCAGAUGGGCUCGCCGGGCAUGGGGCACCUGAAGUCGCCCACACUUAGCCAGGUGCAGUCCCCGCUGGUCACCUCGCCCACUGCCAACCUGAAGUCACCCCAGACUCCCUCACAGAUGGUGCCCUUGCCUUCUGCCAACCCGCCGGGACCGCUCAAGUCGCCCCAGGUCCUGGGCUCCUCGCUCAGUGCCCGCUCGCCCACGGGCUCUCCCAGCAGGCUCAAGUCUCCCUCCAUGGCGGUGCCUUCUCCGGGCUGGGUCGCCUCACCCAAGACAGCCAUGCCCAGCCCUGGGGUCCCCCCGAACAAGCAGCCGCCUCUCAGCAUGAACUCAUCCUCCACCCUGGGCAGCAUGGAGCAGGGUGCCCUCCCGCCCGGCGGUCCCCGGAGCAGCUCCUCCGCGCCUCCCGCCAACCCCACCGGCGGCCUCAUGAACCCCAGCCUGCCGUUCACUUCCUCCCCAGAUCCCUCGCCGUCCCAGAACCCGCUGUCGCUGAUGAUGUCCCAGAUGUCCAAGUACGCCAUGCCCAGCUCCACGCCGCUCUACCACAACGCCAUCAAGACCAUCGCCACCUCGGACGACGAGCUGCUGCCCGACCCUCCCCUGCUGCCCCCGCCACCACCGCAGGGCUCCGGGCCAGGGAUCAGCGCUAACCAGUCCAACCCGAUGCACCUGAGCUCAGCUGCUGCCCAAAGCCCCAUGGGCAUGACCCUGCCAGGCCAGCAGCCCCUGUCCCACGAGCCCCAGCCUGCCAUGCUCCCCUCCCCCACCCCUCUGGGUUCCAACAUUCCACUGCACCCCAAUGCUCAGGGGACAGGGGGGCCUCCUCAGAACUCAAUGAUGAUGGCUCCAGGGGGCCCAGACUCCCUGAAUGCCCCCUGUGGCCCUGUGCCCAGCUCCUCCCAGAUGAUGCCCUUCCCCCCACGGCUGCAGCAGCCCCAUGGCGGCGGUGCCAUCCCCAGUGGGGGUGGGGGGCCGGGCCUCCAGCAGCUCCUGGGCAUGGGCGACGCGUACCCGCCGGGUGUGCUCCCAGGGGUGGCAUCCGUCCUGAACGACCCCGAGCUGAGCGAGGUGAUCCGGCCCACCCCGACGGGGAUCCCCGAGUUCGACUUGUCCAGGAUCAUCCCCUCGGAGAAGCCAAGCAGCACCCUCCAGUACUUCCCCAAGAGCGAGAACCAGCCCCCCAAGGCCCAGCCCCCCAAUCUGCAUCUCAUGAACCUGCAGAACAUGAUGGCGGAGCAAACCCCCUCACGGGCCCCCAACCUCCCAGGCCAGCAGGGUGUCCAGCGGGGGCUCAACAUGCCCAUGUGCCACCCCGGACAGAUGUCCUUGCUGGGCAGGACAGGUAUGCCCCCGCAGCAGGGCAUGGUGCCCCACGGUCUGCACCAGGGGGUCAUGUCCCCGCCGCAAGGCCUCAUGACCCAGCAGAAUUUCAUGCUGAUGAAGCAGCGGGGCGUAGGGGGCGAGGUCUACAGCCAGCCCCCCCACAUGCUCUCCCCGCAGGGCUCCCUCAUGGGCCCCCCGCCCCAGCAGAACCUCAUGGUGUCCCACCCUCUGCGGCAGCGCAGUGUGUCUCUGGACAGCCAGAUGGGCUACCUCCCCGGCCCGGGCGGCAUGGCCAACCUGCCCUUCUAGCACUCCCUGCCUGGGGCCGGGCAGUACUGCAAAUAGUGUCACCUGAAAAGUGUCUUCCCUCCAGUGUUGGGGUGACCUGGGGUCCAGGGUGGGUUGGAGGGUGGGAGGGGCUUUGUGGGGAAUGGCAUUGGUGGCAACCAGACGUGCUGGCAGCUGAGUGGGAGGGCUCUGGGUAGGGAGUUGUUCCAUUGUGGCCGUCAGACCAUCCACCCCACCCCCAAGUCCUUGGAGCCUGUUUUCCCUGUGUCUCUGCACCCCUCAUUCAGCUCUGUGUUCCGAGUCCUGUAUGGAGUCCUUGGAGGGGAGAGGAAGAGGAGGUGACAUCUCCCUUCUCCAUCCCCCCUUCCCACCACUCUCUCCAGUGCUCCAGCCUUGCUGCUCCUGGUUCUGCUCCCACCUGGUUCUCCUCUUUUCCUGCCUCAUCUCCUCUCUCUGCUGCUGUGGCUCACCCUCUCACCCCCUCACACCCCCUCCCCCCCCCACCCCGCCCCGCAGGUGGCCAGCCAGGUGGGCGGAGCUGCCGCUGGCGCAUAGAGAGCUGUGCUUCGUGCUGGUCUGUGUGCGCCUUAGUCCUGAGCUUUGAUAGAGGUCACCCAAAAGAGGGAUGAAAGAAGCCCUUCCCCUCUUUCAGAUUACUGCCCCAGGGCCUGCAGCCUGACACACCUGUCCACUGCUCACAGCAUCUCUGGGUCCCUAGAGGGUGCCAUUCUGGUCCCCCCAAAUGGGGAAAUGACAGAGAGCCCACACCUGAUGCAUAGCCCACACCUGAUAGAAUGUCCAAACCUGACAGAGGGCCCACACCUGACAGCCCCCCACACCUGACAGCCCCCCACACCUGACGGCCCCCCACACCUGAUGGCCCCCCACACCUGACGUAGCCCCCCACACCUGACAUAGCCCACACCUGAACUGAGGUCAGACCACCUGGCUUUUCCCUGGUGAGCCCAGCAGGGCUGAGACCUGUGGGACAGCAGGCUGCGCGCGCGCGCGCAUGUGUGUGUGUGUGUGUGUGUGUGUGUGUGUGACGCGCCCCUGGCUUCUGGUUGUGGAUGGCUGAUGUCCCCGUAGCUACAUCUUAGCCAGAACUUGAAGUCCUGGGUCCCCAGGCUGAGGGGCGGGGAGAGGAAAGGCAGAGGCUGUGUGGCCCCAAGUGGAGCCGUGAGGAACAGCGGGGGCCCAGGGGCCCUGUGCCUGCGGCAAUGGCUCUGGGCCAGCUCACCCCCAGGGCCCCCAAUCUCCAGAGGCUGCCACCUAAUCUAUCACCGAAGAAGGGAGGGUGUGGCCGAGCCUGUCUCUCCCAGCCUCUGCCUGCUGGCCUGUCUGCCUGCCACCCACGCACUGGCAAAGCCCCUCUGCCCAGGGCCCGGGCUGUGCCCACCCGGGCGCAGUCACUGUCUCCCCCUCCGAGCUCCCCCGACCUCAGUCGAGCUGAAGCCAUACACACUGGGUGCUGUGCACCCCCCACCCCCAACAUACACACCCAGGAGUAAAACUUUGCAAACUUCCCUUCCUGCUGUGGGGCAGGCCGCUCCCUGGGCCUCCAGGGCCACGUCUAGACAAGGUGUCCUCUGCCAGGGCCUCUGCUCAGCCCAACCUGCAGGGCCUGGCCCCACCUCGGCAGCUGUCACACAAAGGGACUCCCCCACUUCUCCGUCUGGUGCUGUGCUCAGUCCACUGUCAGCCGCACCCAGCGCUUCCUCCGGGGCUGGCUGCAGGCUCCUGCCUCCCCGGCCCAGGACCCAGGCCUCUGUGUCCAGGAGCCACUGCCACCAUCCAGCCAGGCGCCCUGCCUGCGCGGCCUGCACUGGGCCUGUAUCCCUGAGCCCCCACCCCCACCCCAAACUCUCCAAACGGACUCCGUGUUGCCUGCCCAGAGGGGAGGGACAGACUGCGAGGCCUGACACUCUCCUCUCCCACCUGCUGUCAGAGUAGCUUUUCCAGGCGAACUCCACAGGCCAGCCUCCUCCAUCCACGGCCAUCCCCAGCCAUUUUGUACCAUUAUAUAAAUAUAUAUAAAUAUAAAUAUAUAAAUACAAUAUGUGAAGACAUCCUUUGGGUUUUUAUUUUGAAACAAUUUUUAGGCUUGUUCCGGGGGUCUCUGUGCUGCCUGUACUGUAUUGACCUGUUUUAUAGGUGCCUUUUUAUUAAAAAGAAAAUGUAAAAUCUGA